UUCACUGCAAAUCAGUGGUCUACUAAUGGCGUUCAGGACGUGCUCACCUGGCUCAGCGCCGCGCUCACCAACCAGGACACGUGCUCCGAAGGCCUCGACGGGGUCGAGGACAGUUACGUCAGGCAACAGAUGGACGGCUAUUUGCGGGAUUUAUCGGAGCUCGUAAGCAACUCCCUGGCGAUCUUCGCGGUCACGAGCAAAGACCAAGACUUCUCGGGGAUCCCGAUACAGAACAAGCGGAGGAAACUACUGAAUUUCCCCGAAUGGGUUAAACCGAGCGAUCGGAGGCUGCUUCAGGCGCCGGCAGCGUCGAUACAGGCGGAUAUGAUCGUGUCCAAGGACGGCGAAAAUGGGAGUUAUAAGAAGAUCGCCGAUGCUGUAAAAAAAGUGCCGAAGCUCAGUAAUAAGAGGACUGUGAUUUAUGUGAAGGCUGGGAAGUAUGAGGAGAACGUUAAGAUUGGGAGGAAACAGACUAACGUGAUGUUUAUUGGAGAUGGAAAGGGGAAGACUAUUGUUACUGGAAGGCGGAGUUUCCUUGGUAACUACACCACAUUUCAUACGGCUACUUUCGCGGCAACCGGAGCUGGAUUCAUAAUGAGAGACAUGACAAUAGACAACCAGGCCGGCCCAGAAGCGUAUCAAGCGGUCGCCCUCCGCAUCGGGGCCGACCACUCCGUCGUCUACCGAUGCAGCAUUACCGGCUAUCAAGACACGCUCUAUGUCCACUCCCAGCGCCAAUUCUACCGCGAAUGCGACGUCUACGGCACCGUUGACUUUAUCUUUGGCAACGCCGCCGUCGUCCUCCAGAAUUGCAGCCUCUGGGCCCGAAAGCCCAUGCCUAAGCAGAAAAACACCAUCACGGCCCAGGGCAGAAAAGACCCUAAUCAGAAUACAGGAAUAUCGAUCCAUGCAACCUAUUUGGGCCGGCCUUGGAAGUUGUACUCGAGGGUAGUGUACAUGAUGUCGGACAUUGGGGAUCACGUACAUCCGGCUGGUUGGUUGGAGUGGAAUGACACCUUCGCCCUCGAUACGCUGUACUUCGGUGAGUAUAUGAAUUAUGGGCCGGGAGCAGGGGUUGGUAAGAGGGUGACGUGGCCGGGGUAUAGGGUGAUAACCAUGGCGGAGGAGGCUAGUAAGUUCACGGUGGGUGAGUUCAUUGAUGGGUCAUCUUGGUUGCCGGCGACGGGGGUCGCUUUCUUGGCUGGGCUAAAUGUGUAAAAAGGAAAUUAAAUUUGGUAUUUGUUGUGAUGAUUUAUAUAGAUAGGAAUGGUGGUAUAGAGCAUGAUAAUUUUACAUUAAUUGUGAAUUCUUGGUAUAUCCCUUUCAGUUUAUUGUCUCUUUAUAUGAUGCAAAAUCGAAGCCGUUCUUUCUAAAGAAU